UGGUGUCAAUGGUCCACUCGUCGAUAGGUGGCGCUAAUGCAUAUCGCGUGCGAUCCGACCUAAAACAAGACGAAGAAGACCGUCAGUCAGCUUUGGGUCUCCUGCGGUAAGACAAGCACUUCACGGUGCUUCAUAUAACUGUACGAUUAUAAAAACACAGUUUGUUAAAGCGGCAUUUUACUGAGUCAUUCUGUAUCGUUUUCUUCUGGUUCAGCGCUAUUUGUGCGUCUCUUCUGGCGUCUGCUGACAGAAAUAAACAUUCAGCCUAGCAGACAAUAACAAUCGAUUCACUGACAGUUCAGCGUUUUAAAAGCGGUUUUCAGAAAACUGAAAACAUGAAUGAUCCAGAGCCCUGUGGAAUAAAACAGGAAGAUAUUGAACAACAAAUAGACCUGAUAGAAGAGAACAGGGAGACUGAAGCACUCAUUGAAGCGGGGGAGAAACAUCAGGUCAAAACUGAAGAGAUAUCCUGGAGCUCCUCACUGAUAAACGACAAUAUAUGUUUCACUUGCUGUCACUGUGGAAAGAGUUUCUCAAGCAAGCAAAAUCUUGACCUUAACAUAAUAUUUCAUCGUGGAGGGAAUCCAUAUGCGUGUGAUGAGUGCGAGAAGAUUUUCACAAUAAAAGGAAACAUUUUUGAACACAUGAUAAUUCACACUGCGCAGAAGCCACACACAUGUGAUCGAUGUGGGAAGAGUUUCCCACAAAAACAAAACCUCGAUGAACAUAAGAAAAUCCACGCUCUGGCAAGGCCGUACGAAUGUGAUCAAUGUGGGAAGAGUUUCCCGUAUAAAGGAAACCUCGACAAACACAUGAGGAUCCACACUGGAGAAAAGCCGCACAAAUGUGAUCAAUGUGGGAAGAGCUUCGCACAAAAAGGAAACCUUAAAGUACACAUGAAAAUCCACACUGGAGAAAAGCCAUACAUAUGUGAUCAGUGCGGGAAGAGUUUCGCGCAUAAAGGAAACCUUAGCAUACACAAGAAAAUCCAUGCUGGAGAGAAACCAUAUGCAUGUGAUCAAUGUGGGAAGUGUUUCAUACAAAAAGUGCCUUUUAAUGAUCACAUGAGGAUCCACACUGGAGAAAAGCCGCACUCAUGUGAUCAAUGUGGGAAGAGUUUCGCCCAAAAGAGAAACCUUAAAGUACACAUGAAAGUCCACACUGGAGAGAGGCUGUUCACAUGUGAUCAGUGCGGGAAGAGAUUCUCACAUAAAGGUAACCUUAAAGAACACAUGAAAAUCCACACUGGAGAGAAACCAUAUGCAUGUGAUCAGUGCGGGAAGAGUUUCAUACAUAAAACAAGCCUCAACGAACACAUGACAAUCCACACAGGAGAGAAACCGCACACGUGUGCUCAAUGUGGGAAGAGUUAUACACAAAAAGGAGGCCUUAAAGAACACAUGAAAAUCCACACUGGAGAAAAGCCACACACAUGUGAUCAAUGUGGGAAGAGUUUCAGAAAAUCGUGCGUUUUUAAAGUACAUCUGCUUAGUCAUUCUAGAGAACGGCUAUAUAGCUGUGAUCAAUGCGAUAAAAGGUUUUUUAGGGCAGAUUUCCUGAAGGAUCACCUGAAAGUUCAUACAAAGGAGAAGCCUUAUGUGUGCUCUUUGUGUGGAAAGAGUUUUAGUCAGAUGGGUAGUUUAAAACUACACCAGAAAAGACACAGCGGUGUGAGGGAUCAUGUUUGCUCUGAGUGUGGGAAGGCAUUUUUUACAGAUGGUGCACUGAAAGUGCACAGGACCGUUCACACGAGAGAAACGCCUUACAAGUGUUCACACUGCGACAAGAGCUUCAAACGCUCAGAUUAUCUGAGAAUACAUGAGAGGAUCCACACAGGAGAGAAGCCGUAUCACUGCCGCUCAUGUGGGAAGAGUUUCACUCAUUUUUCUUCUCUAACCACUCAUAAAAAAAACUGCAUGUCUGAAAUUAGAGUAAUUACAGAGUAGUAGUUCGAGUUAUGUUGAUAAUUGAUUAUUAGAACAAGUAAUGAACAGAUUGUUGAUUAUUUCAGAUGAAUGUUUCUUUUAUUAAUCGUUUAAUGGUGCGUUCACACCAGACGCGAAUGAAGCGUUAAGUGCAAGUGAUUUACAUGUUAAGUCAAUGCAAAGACGCAAAUAGACAUCCUGCGGUGUGAAUGACGCGGCGCUAAUUGAGCGUUUCGGGCGAAUCGCGUGACUUGAAAAAUCUGAACUUUGGUGAAAAUUCGCACAGCGUUAACCAAUCAGGAGCUUGCUCUAGUAGUGACGUGAUUACAACCUAGCGAGGGAGGCAGAAAUCCAAAACAACAAUGGAGGACAAAAUCAUCGUUGCUGUACAAUACAUCUUCGUACUUUUAUAGAAACAGGAAUAAAAAGGAUCUUGCUUGGUGUGUUACUUUGUGCACAACAUAGUAAAUCAUAAUUUAUAGCCUAUUUGUUACAUAAAAAUAUUAUUUCUAUGUUAAGAAUAGAAUAGGCUACUUAUGGCAAACAUUUGUACAUUCAUUCUAAUUAUAUCCUAUUGCAAAUAUACUCACAAUAGUAUAGUAAAAAAGUUAUUUGUGAUUGGACCAGUGUAGCGUAAUGAGAAUGGAGCUGCCUGGCAGAAGCCCCUCCUUGACGCGAAUUCGUGUCUGUUGUGAAGUGAGUUUCACACACGAAUGAAGCGAGUAAACUCAAAAUGUUCAAGCGUCCAACUACGUGCGAAUAGUGUGAUUUAUUCGCGCAAGGCGAGUCUGGUGUGAACGCACAGUUAUUGUUCUACUCAUUUUAUUAUCAUUAUUCAUAAGAGUUUUUCCCCCAGGCCAUAUCCCACCUGAACAACACAUAACACAUGUCAGUAUUGCACAUCUGUAAAUAACUCAUCAAACCUUCUUCUGUAAAUAGCACAUAUGCACAUUCACAGUUCUGUCAAUGGACAUUUCUGUAUAUUUUUAUUUCUGUUUUCUAUUCUCUCUAAUAUUAGUGUUUUAUUACCUUAAUUUGAUGUAUGUCUGCACUAUGUUUGUACUUUCUGUACUGGACGCUCCUAACACCAGGACAAAUUGCUUGUGUGUGUGUGUAAACACACUUGGCAAUAAAGCUCUUUCUGAUUCUGAUUCAUUUGUCUUUCUCUGCUUUUAAAUGUAUAUCAGUUAGGGUGGGUUGCACUAACAAGGACUAAAUGAAGCAAAGUUUAGAGCAAAUCAAGGAUUUGUUGAUCUGGGUUUUAUUUUUAAUCAAGUCGUGUUGCACCACUUAAUUUUAAACACAGAUUAACAAAUCGGGGAUUAGAAUUCUAACCUGCG